AUGAGGCAGUUGUGUGAUAUUCCCAUCUCUUUUCAGAUUGCUGACCCUGCAGCCUGUGACCAGAUGUACGAGAGCUUAGUCAGAAUCCACACCAACUACUACAAAAACAAGUAUCCACGUCUGAAAGACACAACCUUCACUGGAGUGACUGUAGAAGACUGCAAGAUGAUCUUAGCAACAGACAUUCUGGAACAGAUGAAGGGAAUGAAAAAAGGGACAUGGAGAAAAUUGCGAGAAAGGUUUUAUGCCAAGAAAUCUGAAGAGGACUCAAAGUGAUAGGCUGUCUCCCAGCUUCUCCACUGUAUAUAUUCCUAAAGCGAUGUAUGCUGCCAUUAUGAAUAAAGCCAUUCAUUCCUCCUAGCAACAACA